AUGUCUACUCCGCGCCGCUCAGCUCGGCUUGCUAAGAGCAAUCCCAUGCUGGAGCCGCCUGUCGAGCUGGAGCUCCCAACUGUAAUCGAACGUGUCGAGCCCGUCAAGCGCCAAACACCCAAGAGAAUCACUCCCAAGAAAAUGGAGGCCUUUGAGACGCCAGCAACGCCCGCGAGCCAUGCUGUAAAGCCCCCUAGCACAGAGAUGCACCCCAGCAAGUUCCACCCAACUACCGCCGAACCAUCGUCUGCCCUUAGAUUGGGCUUCGCAGAUAUUGAAGACACACGACGGCGCGAUAGCUCUCAUGGAGCAGGCCUUCAAUCCACCCCGUCCAAAGUUGGCGGUGUGCCAUCUUCUGCUUUCACUCUUCGUGUGCCUGCUGGCACCACUGCCAACCAACUGGGCUUAGGGGCUGAAGCCCUGCGUGUUUUAGAGGGCCUCAAGGAAAAGGCUGCCGAAUACAAAGCCGAUCUCAUCGCCAACAGAGGAAACGACUCAUCGGCCGCGUCCACCGAUGCCAAUGGCCGCACAAUUGCUAAGCCAAAGGGAAAAUCGGGAAGGUUUAGUGCGGCUCAUAUGGCUGAAUUCAAGAAGAUGGAUUCCAUUGAAGGACAUGCCUCCGCUUGGAGAGCACAAGAAGGAAGAUUCGUUCCCGUUGUCAACCCUGGCAUUAAACGGUCUCUAUCCAAGGCCAACCUGGACACCCCUCAGAAAAACACAAAGCAGACUGAAAGGGUACUGCCAGCUACUGAACCGAGGAAGCGCACAUCGGUGAUGGAGAGCCUCGGACGAUUUUCUGCCAAGAGACUGGGCACCAAGGCCCCUGUUAGCGAAGACCAAGUCUCUGCAAAGGACGAGCAGCCUUCGCUUUCGGCCAAGAGAGUAAAGAAGAGCGCAGAAGACGACGCUUCGACAACCCGCCCGGUGUCGCGGGACACGAUGUCGGUUCCUCGCCCGUUCUCCAGCGUCAAGAAGCCUGCCGCUUCUAGAAUUGCUCGACCUAGCCUUUCUCGCUUGAUGAGCCCGACAAAGUCAUCCAUCGGUCGCUUCACUAGCCCUGGAAAGUCUGAAGCGGCACCUGCUGCUGUUACAUCACUGCCGCAGCCAAUCUGCAAGCUACAAGGCGAGGCCAAUGAGGCCAAGGAGCUGAAGGAGUCGAAGGGACCGAAGGAACUCGUGAAACCCAAGGAGCUCAUGACUCUCAAGGAGCUCAAGGAGCCUAAGGAAUCUAAGGAGCCCAAAGAUACGAAGGUAUCUGAAGAGUCCGAGGAGCCCGAAGAAGCCGAUAAUGUUACCGACACGCCUAUGAGGCGAUCGCCAGUCAGCACCACUGCGCAGACGCCGCCAGCUUCCUCUCGCUUCUCCAAUCUGAACAUUACCCGACUUGCUGCCACUCAGCCCACGAAGAAGUCUGUCAAGCAUUCGAACACUACUAAGAAGGCUUUGGAGCGCACUGAAGUCGAGAAAGCCCUGGAAGAAGCGAAAUCAUCGGGCGAUAUUGCUUAUCCCGAUUUGUCCAGCUACAAGCAUCUGCUUGACUCCAGCACUGAGGAGGCCAUCAAAUCUCCUUCUCCUUCAGUUCCAGGCAGAUUUACGUUCCGAAGUGAUCACACAAUCAAGUUUGGAAACCCAUCGCCAUCCGGCUUUGGUGCCUCUCCCGGCCAGUCGAGCGUGCGACAUGUGCGCAAUUCUAUUAAAGCCACAUCGGAUAUGCCCGGCAGCUUUCCUGAUCCAGUUUCGCCGAGCUCCCACCCCGAUAAAGAGAACACAGCGCCUUCUCCGGCCAAGGUGCUUCCAGGAGUUCCACACGGAAUGGCCAACAAGAAGCGUCAUCGCGCCAACUCGAUUGAAGGAGACGCUGACAAGGAGGCAGCUGAUCGUGCCGGGAAGAAGGUCAAGAGUAGCCACGUUCCUGAGGGACAGGCUUUGAUGGCUCCUCGUCUUCUGGCUCGUCCCAUUAUUCGAGCUGUUAGCUCGGCAUCGACUUCGAAGAAGAGACCAACGCUGAGCAUGAGCCGCCUUAACAUGCUUGCCCGCCCAAAGAACCGCGGUUAG